CUACUUUCGAGGACUAGAAAGUAGAAAGAAUGAGUAGAAUCAAUUGUAUGCUUUGGAGAGUGACACUGACAGUCCAUUGAUACAUCAAUCCUCACACUCUGAGAAUGGCCUAUCACUCCGACAGUUCGUCUUCCAUGGUUCGUCUGAAUAUCGGAGGGAGGAAGUUUUGCACAACACUGGAUACCCUCACACAACGUGAGCCAGACUCGAUGCUCGCUGCUAUGUUUAGUGGUCGUCACACUAUCUGCCAGGAGUCAGAGAAGGGACACAUAUUCGUUGACAGGGACGGAAAGCACUUUCGCCAUAUCCUUAAUUGGUUGAGGGAUGGUGUAAUUCCACCCCUGAAAGAUUCUGAAUAUGCUCAGCUUCUGCGGGAGGCGGAGUACUAUCAGCUCCUUGGUCUAGUAGAUGGAAUUAAAUCUGCCCUAAGUAAGAGGAAGGAGGAUGAGGAGUUGGGUACUGAAUUGACACGCAUUGACAUUAUCAAAUGCAUACAGUCUGACAGAGUCAAAUUUCGGGGAAUUAAUCUUUCUGGUCUUGAUCUUUCGAAGUUGGACUUGUCAUUUGUGGAUUUCAGCUAUGCAUGUCUGAAAACAGUGUUCUUCUCACGUGCCAAUCUUCAAUGUGCAAAAUUCAGGGAUGUCGAUGCCGAAGCUUCCAUUUUUCACAAUGCCACAUUGCGCGAGCUUUACAUAUGUGAAUUUACUGGAGCAAAUCUUCGUGGAGCUGUAUUAGCUGGUGCUAAUCUUCAAAGUGCAAAUUUACAAGAUGCUUGUCUAAUAGGCUGUAGCUUCUGUGGGGCGGAUCUUCGUUCUGCUCACCUACAGACAGCUGAUCUUACCAAUGCCAACCUCGAAGGAGCUAAUCUUGAAGGUGCAAAUCUGAAGCAUUUGGAGGGGGCAAAGCUUGAUGGUGCCAAUUUACUGGGUGCAAUCAGGUGACACCACAGAUUUGUUCUCAUCCCAAACCUCUCCCAGAGCAACAUUAAAGAAGAGAGCUACAAAAAGGAAUUGUAUAGCAAUAGAAUCAAGCCUUACAUGUAUUGACCAACUAUUUUAGUUUAAUUUGGUGGUCUAAAUCUCAAUUUAAUUAUCUGUAUGUGUGUAAACCCAAAUUGUUUCAAACCAUUCUGGCCUUGUAAGAAUGUUUAACUUUUCAAAUCUGAGAAUGAUCAAACAAGAGGUACUUUCCAAGAAGAAUUGAAUAGGCAUAGAAGGGUUUUUCCGAAGAAAUGAUUUGUGGAUCAUGCACUAAUCCCACAAGUCUAGUUUAAGUAUAUAUGAAUGUAAUCAACACAUUACACAGUAA